AUGUCGCGCCACCAGUUCGAUCUUCUAGUGUGCCACAAGUUGCCGGGAACGCACGUGGGAAAGCUUUGCGAGAAGUGCGACGGAAAGUGUCCGGCGUGCGAUUCGUACGUGCACUCGUAUGAGCAGGUUCGGGUGUGUGACGAGUGUGCUUUUGGAGAGAACGAAACCAAGUGCAUUAUCUGCUACAACCCAGGGGUGUCUGAGGCCUACUACUGCUACGAGUGUGUGAUGCGAGAGAAGAACCGAGAGGGCUGUCCAAGGGUAAUCAGCAUUGGAAGCAGCAGAAGCAACUUGUUCUAUGAAAAGCGGAAGCAGGCCUGA